AUGGAGUCCGGAGUCCGGGGAGAAGGAGAGGCUUCGGUCCCGGUGUGGAUGGAGGGUGCACCGGUGAUCAGCAUCUCCCAGACUGAGGCGGCAGAGGCGGCAGAAGCGGCAGAGGAGGCGGACACGGCGCGCACGUCAGAGGCAGAGAUCAAGCCGCGCGUGAUCCAGACCGGAGAGACGCAGAGGGAGGCCCAGACCCAGAGACCGGAGAGACGCAGAGGGAGGCCCAGACCCAGAGACCGGAGAGACGCAGAGGGAGGCCCAGACCCAGAGACCGGGAGAGAGAGGAGGCCCGACCCAGAGACGGAGAGACGCAGAGGGAGAGGGAGGCCCAGACCCAGAGACCGGAGAGACGCAGAGGGAGAGGGAGGCCCAGACCCAGAGACCGGAGAGACGCAGAGGGAGAGGGAGGCCCAGACCCAGAGACCGGAGAGACGCAGAGGGAGAGGGAGGCCCAGACCCAGAGACCGGAGAGACGCAGAGGGAGAGGGAGGCCCAGACCCAGAGACCGGGAGAGACGCCCAGACCCGAGACCGAGAGAGAGGGAGGCCCAGACCCAGAGACCGGAGAGACGCAGAGGAGAGGAGGCCCAGACCCAGAGACCGGAGAGACGCAGAGGGAGGCCCAGACCCAGAGACCGGAGAGACGCAGAGGGAGGCCCAGACCCAGAGACCGGAGAGACGCAGAGGGAGGCCCAGACCCAGAGACCGGAGAGACGCAGAGGGAGGCCCAGACCCAGAGACCGGAGAGACGCAGAGGGAGGCCCAGACCCAGAGACCGGAGAGACGCAGAGGGAGGCCCAGACCCAGAGACCGGAGAGACGCAGAGGGAGGCCCAGACCCAGAGACCGGAGAGACGCAGAGGGAGGCCCAGACCCGGGGCCAUUUUUGA